CUGUGGACAUUCGGAGCGCAGAGUUCGUGCGGCGGCGGAGGAGCGCGAGCCCGGAGAUCUAACGCAGCGCUCGGCGGCGGCUCGCGGGGAACACGCAGACACGCGCGUGCGCUGGUGCGCGUGCUCGCGCGUGCACGUGCGUGAGAGCGCGCUCGCGCGCGAGACACAGAGAGCGCGAGAGAGAGCGCGAGCGAGAACGGAGGAGUAGGAGGAGGACCACAGUGUGUUGGAUUGGACACACACACGCGCGCACGCAGACACACUCUCUCUCUCUGCACGCACGCAACAAGGACGCACGCGCGCGCGCGGGGGAACCUGAAACUCUUGCGGACUCUUGCACGGAUGGAUAUUCGCCAAAUACCCCCCUGCCGCCUUUGAUCUCGCGGAUUGUUAUUGUUGUUACUGUUGUUGUUGCUGGUUCGUGCCAGUCUGCCAGGCGCGCGCGUGAGAGUGUAUGUGUGUGUGUGUGUGUGCGCGGGCGCCUGAGUGUGCGUGCGCGCGUGCGUUUGCUCGCGCGCGCGCGUGCAUGCAUGCAUGCAGGCGUGCAUGCAUGUCAUCAUGCUUCGGACCGCGAGCGAGCACCGCUGCAGCCCAGCCAGAUGUGCAGUAGCAGCAUUAGCAGUAGCAGUAGCGCGCGCUGAGUAAACAUCUGGAUUUGUUUGUUUGUUUGUUUGUUUUUGUUACACCUGUCUGUCUGCCUUCUGUCUGUUUUGGGAGGAGGAGGAGGCGUCCAUAUUUGCAGCAGCUGUGUGAGCUGGGAGGGCGAGCGAGCGAGUGUGCUCGUGCACGCGUGCGUGCGUGCGCGUGUAUGCGCGCGUGCAUGGGCGCGUGCAUGCAUGCGUGCGUGUGUGUGUCAGCGCGCGGGGUUCUAGCUACGUGACCACGGCGCGUCCAAGGUCACUGCUUUGCUUUGCAGCCCGCUGGGUGUGUGGAGGAAGGAGCCUGUGAACGAGCGAGAGAGCUUGCGUGCGCGUGCACGUGCACACUACUUAUAUGCACUUGUAUACACACACGCAUAUAUAUUUAAUUAAACUAUACAUACAUAUAUACACAAGCAUACAUAUAUACAUAUACACAUUUAACAUAUAUAUGUAAGCACGUGCACGCAUAUACAAUAGCUAGCUGGCGUGACUGGCGCAUUCCCGCUUGAGUGUGAGCGUGUGCCCACGUGGGCCUAUGAAACAUGGAGGGUAGGCCGAAGCAGACCCGGAGGUCCCGGUCGCUCCGGGCCCGACUGGUCCGAGACCCGAGCGCCUCCUCUGGGUCCGAGCGGGAGCGGAGCGCCGGCGCCGUGCAGCCGGUCCGGAGGCGAGGCAAAAGAGCCGCACGUAACCCACCAGCUCCGCCUCCUCCACCUCCACCACCGCCUCCUCCACCCAACCUUCAUCACCACCGUCACCACCCUGCACCUCCUCCUCCUCAUGCCAGGAGGAAACGCCGGGAGUCCAGCUCCCACGAUGAGGUGGAGGAGGAGGAAGAUGAGGAGGACAUCAUCGACGGCUUCGCCAUCGCCAGCUUCACCAGUCUGGACAGGCUGGAGCAGAGGAACGGGCUGAAGCAGACGGGAGGACGGAGGGAGCGCUGGGAGACGGCGGUGGUUAAACGACAGAAAGAAGAGAAGGAGAAGAAGGAGGAGGAGCAGGAGGAGGAGGAAGUGACCCCUGACCUGGACGACAGUGUGUUCGCUGACCUGCCGUCCAGCAUGGAGAGAACGCAGGAGCGGGUGAAGGAGCGCCUGCUGAAGAAGACCUACUCCAAGAAGAACAAACGGUUUAAAAGUCUCCUGAGUCAGGCUGGACGGACCGUCCCGGAGCCGCCCGUCCCAGAACUGAACUCUACAGCGAAUCGCAGCAGCUCCAAGGAUCGCCUCAGUGAGAGCUCUACACACUCGCUGUCUGGACGUGGUUAUUCGUGUGACAGCGAGAGUGACAUCGAUGACAAGGCGUCUGAUGUGGGAUCAGAGAAGCUCUUCAGCCCGACUGCAUCUAAAGGUGUGACGUCGAAUGAGAGUUUGAAGUCUAGAACCUGCAGUUCGGCUAAAGUCUCGGGUCUCCAGCGCAGUCAGGAGCAGAGCAGUAACGUUUCCUUUAUUCCGGCUGUUCCCAGCCCCACGCCAGGCUCCGCCCCCACGGGGUCCCCCGCCCCUGCGGCACCCGCGGCUCCACCCCCCAUCACUACCCAACACGCCUCCACACCAGCACUCAGCAUCACCAAAGGGCUGACGCCCCCUAACCCCACCCCUCCUCUCCUGAGGACCCAAUCGCAUCCUCCGGAGCACAGAGUGCCGCCCCCAAGCCACCACAGCCGACCAAUCAUCAGCCACCAUCAUCCACUGCCCUACAGCCUUCACGACAUCAGCAGCAGCCCCUCCUCCCUCCCCCCGAAACACCACCUCCCUCCCUCCCCCCACCACCACCUCACUCUCCCCUCCCCGGCCCCGCCCCUCCCUCUCUCCAUCAGCAGCCUCUCCUCCCCCCAUUACUCCCUCCGCUCCCCCUCCCACCUCCCUCGCCAUCCGGCCAUGUUCGCCACCCCCGCCACAUUACCUCCUCCGCCCACUCUGCCCACCAACAGCCUGGUGGUGCCCGGGCACCCGGCCGCCACGCCCUACCCAGAGCAUGACCUCCUCCGGCAGGAGCUGAACAACCGCUUCCUGGUUCAGAGUUCAGAGCGCGGGGGCCGGGGGCCGGUGGCGGCUCCGGCUCCCGGAGCGGCAGCAGCAGCGGCGGCAGCGGCAGGGGGCUCCCCGCUGGCCCCCAUGUCCCUCCUGAGGGCAGAGUAUCACCAACACCAGCAUAUGCACCAGCAUCAGCACACGCACCAGCACACCUUCACGCCCUUCCCCGCCAGCCUGCCCCCCGCCACCAUCAUUGGGCCGCCCCCUGCACCGCCCAUGGUGCGUACCCCAGCCAGAAAUUUCGACAAGUACGCUCCAAAGCUGGACAAUCCCUUCUUAAGACAGUCGAGUUUUUUCUCCUCGUACCCUCCAGCCAUGCCGGGUAUGCCCCCACUGCUCCCUCACCCCGGCCCCUUCAGCUCUCUGCAAGGAGCCUUCCAACCAAAGGCCUCGAACCCCAUUGAUGUAGCAGGAAGACCAGGGGCGGUUCCUCAUACGCUCCUGCAGAAGGACCCACGGGUAACGGAUCCUUUCAGGACGUCAGUGCGAAAGCCGGGGAAAUGGUGUGCAGUUCACGUCCAAAUCGCCUGGCAGAUCUACCACCAUCAGCAGAAGAUGAAGCAGAUGCAGUUGGACCCUCAUAAACUGGAUAUGAACGGAAAACUGGACCUGUUCAGCAGACCCCCAGCUCCCGGGAUCUUCCCAGGCUUUCCCUACCCUCACGACCUGGCCAGACCUCUCUUCUCAUCCACAGCUGGUCAUCCCGCUGCGUCACCAUAUGGUCCAGCACCGCAUCACAGUGGAUUCCUGCCCCCUUCGCAUUUGGCAGGUAAGCAUGCUUUCAGUCGCUCCAGUUCCUUUGGCGGCCUCGGCAACCUUUCGGCCAGUGCCUUCGGUGGAUUAGGCAACCCAUCCCUCGGAGCGAACAGUGUGUUCGGACCCAAAGAAGGACCGGGUCUUCCCGGGUUCAGCCCCCACCACGACGCCUGGAACCGGCUCCACCGGACCCCGCCCUCCUUCCCCACGCCCCCCCAGUGGCCAAAAGCCGCCGACGGCGAGAGGAGCAGCUCCGCCAACAGCCACGAGCGCGAGAGGGAGCGCGAGAGAGAGAAAGAGAGAGAGAGGGAGCGAGAGAAGCGCGACUCUUCUAUUGGAAAAGACGAGAAAGACAAAGACAGGGAUUCUCUGGAUCGUAAUCGCCACAGCAACCGCUCGUCUCCCGCCUCGGCUCCCGUCAGCUACCAGAUCAGCAACCUGAUUCGCUCCAGCAGCCAUAACUCCGCCCCCCGCUGCGACGCAGAGAAGGACCUCCUGGAGCGUCAGCGCGAGGCGACGGCGGCUCUGAUGGCGGACGUGAAGGUGAAGGAGAGCCGCUCUCCUGGAAAAGAGAUAAACGAGCGAAGCACCUCCUCCGCCGACUCCUGCAAGCCGAUUCGCCGCUCCCCGUCGCCGUACUCCAAAAACAUCCUGAGCGACGCAGGCAUAAAGAUGGGCAGCCUGGGGCUUCCGCUUCCGAUCAAGGACCCCGACCGCGACAGGAAGGAGACGUCGUCGGUGGAGACGAUCCACAAGGUGAAGAACGACAUGAAGAUCAAGGAGGAGCGCAAAGAGGAGCAGGAGGUCAUGGUGGUCGGGUCCGAGCCGGGAAACCAACCCCAUCCUCCGCCCCCUAUUCAUCACCACCCUCACCCGGCUCCGCCCACUUCCCACCAGCCAGCCAUGUCAGCAAUCUCCCAGCAGGCUCCGCCUCCGUCUCCACGCGGCAGCGACCUUCCGACCGCGGCUUCCUUGCACGGCGUGCCCAUGCCGCACUCCUUGCCGUUCCCGAUGAGUGCCAUGCACCAGAUGGGCAGCUUAAACGUUUUGGACCGCGCCCGGAUGGCACCGUUUAUGGGCGUGAACCCGCUUGCCGCUGGCCGGGAUCGCCUCCCGCACCCUUUUUCCACGUGGGAUCCUCUCAGGGAGGCAUACCGGAACCUGGACCUCCAGAGACGGAUGGACUUUCAGCUUCGUUCCGAGCCCGGGCACCGUUUCCCUGGCAUAUACGAGCCUGAGCGCGUGUAUCGAGAGCGGGAACCGCAUGAAUACUCCCACCAGGAACACCUGCUGGAGGUACGGCGCGAGCAGGAGCGACUGCGGCAGCAGGCGGAGGAACGGGAGCGACUGCAUUUGCGAGAGGAGCUGGACCGUGCCAGGCUUCACCAGCUCCACCAGUCUCCAAUUGAAGGGCAUUUACCGCACAUGCCCCCUUUUAUGUCGCACCUCGGCGGCAUGCCGUACCCUCGGCUAAGCCCUUCCACGGCGCAGAGUGGGUUGCUAAACCGGACGCCACCAACCGCGGCUCUAAGUGCCCCCCCACCCUUAGUGCCAGCGGGUCCGAGCAUCCCUAGACCCGCCUCGCCAAGACGGACUACGCCAAUCACCACACAGGACCCUAGAGAGUAUUCGCCGUCGCGCAACCCCAAAGAAGUGGAGGCGCGGUAACGCCGCUUCGAACUAACUGACUAACCCCGCCCCUCAGUCGUGACAGCUGGACACACCUACAUAAACACAAACACAAAUAAACACACAAAAAUGCUAACAGAAAACAUGCACUUAUUUUCCGACGAGAUACAGUAGAAUUGACUGACGUUAAAAACAGAAAAACAGAAAUGUUGUAUUGUUUGUACAAAAACUAAAUUUGUACGUACGGGAGGGAGGGACGGAAAGGGGGGGGAGGGAAAGAAGCACAUCGUUACGCUUUUUAUUUUGUAUUCGCCAAUGGAGAGAAAGAGAGAGAGAGCGAGAGAGAGCGAAGAACUUCGAACUUUGACGAAGAAUACGUAAAGAAUUACGAAAAAGCGACAAAUUUGAUAUUAAUAUAUUAACUAAUCCAAUGCCUUUUCAUUUUUUGUGUGAAAAGUUGAGAAGUGAGAUUCUGAAAUUUCUGAGUUUGUACUUUUUCCUAUUGCCUUUCCAUGUACAGACAUUAUUUUUAUGAAUUUUACGUUAAAAAAAAAGUCACGUCGAUCCCGAUCAUCGACCCCCUCCUCAACCCCCAAACCCCACCCACUCUAUUUAUCCCAGUUUCUUUACUGGACAUGUUAUCGAUGUUCACGGAACAAACUGGAUCGAUCGAUGUUACUGUUCUGACAGUCGAUUUGCUCGAUUUGCUCUGCGGUACCUACCUGGAAUUAGUGCUGACAGUGUACACAAUGUUACCGAAGUUUCUCUGUUCGCUUGUUUGAUUUUUUAAUUUUAUUUUAUUUUUUCAUUUCUUUGCCUUUGAGAUAUGCAGACGAAUAUGUAUUACAAAUAUUUCUGUUUGGUUCAUGUAAAGUUAUUGUAAAUAUCUUGUUGAUAUUACUUGGAACAAAAAUUACAUUGUAAAUUUAUUAGACUUUUUAAAUGUUUCUAGAAAAACGGCGGAGGAGAAACACGGAACCACUUCGCGUGGUCCAGAAACCACGGUCAUUCUUCUGGUCUGUCCAAUCAGAGGGCACGUUUUUUUUUUUUUUCCAAAAACGAAAAAAAAAAAAAAAAAAAACAAGGGGGGAGGGUGGGGGGGCGUGGCCAUCACCUGCCGUCUAUGCAAAGUGGAAACGGAAGGAAGGUUCUGAUUGGACGGUGACCUAAACGAAAUGACGAAAUGAAUUGAAACGAGAUGAUGGGUUGCGCGUUGGGGGGAGGGAAGGAGGGGUCACGACCCGGAUGAUGAUCAUUAUUCACCAACGACGAGCCAAACGAACCGAACACGAACCGAAGCAUCAUCCUCCCGCUCGGGAGGGGACUGAGCCCGAGAGGACGGGCGGCCCGGCGGUGAUAGACUGUCUCUGUCGACCUUGUGGUGUUGUGCAGUUGUUUUUCUUAGACUCUUGUAUACAAAAAAAACAAGUAGAGUUUUAGGCGUGAAAAAAAUGAAAAAUGAACAUUCAUGGUUUAAAAAUGUACGGAAUAAAGGUUGGACCUUAUAUCUGCA